GGGCGCAAGAUUAGCGGGCACCGGUAUUAUCGGGACGCCAGUUGAGUUUCUGGGUCUACGCCGCUCGGGGUGCAACACCCAUCGCGAGUGCAGUACUGACCGAGUAAUGAUGAUCAACAAGGCUGUGUCGAGAUCCGUCAAUCGCAUUACCCAGUGUUGUUUAUUUUAGUGUUGUUUAAAGAGAUUUUCCCAUCACGAUGUUGAAAAACCGAGGGCGGGACCCGCGCUCGGCAAUACCGAGCACUCCCCUGCUAGUCCGUUCUAUUGCACCCCGAGCUCCUAUGGCAAAACCAGAACCAGACUACGAAGUUGUAGAGUUCCCUGCCGAUCAAUACGUCAACGCAAAAAUGCAGCCACCACCGCCACCUCCGCCAAGACCAGCUACAGGUCACCCAAUAGAUGCGGGUGCCUCCUGCGGCUUGUGCGGCGGGGGCGGAGCACGAGUACGAUGCACGGAGUGCGGCCGACGAGCUCUGUGCGCGUCGUGCGAUGAUAUGUACCAUAGACACCCAAAACGAAGACAUCAUCAACGACAAGCCCUCUCGUAUUCACAACUUCUCGACGAAAGACCCCCGCUGCCACCGAAAGCUGCUCCGCCCGUGCCGCCGCCGCGAAGACAUAAGAUAAGCGGCGAGAGGUCAAGUGCUAGUCCCCGACCAUCCGUUAUGGACCAACGUCGAGCUACUCUUAACACGUCAGUGGGAGCGCAUAAUCCAAUGUCGACGAUAACUAAUCCCAAUCACAUCACCACACAACGCGCACUUAUUCAACAGCCGCAGGGAGCAGUUCCGAACAUGUCACACAUGGGCAGCAUGCCAUAUUUACCAAGUGCCGUCCAUCACGCAAAUGCGACUGUUGCCAAUCAGGAGCAAAGCAUGGCCAUGGGACAAUUUUCUUCUUGGGGCCGACCACGUGGUUCUCUUCAGGGAUUUAAUAUGACUCCAAACAUGAUGCAACCUCUUCCUCUAGAGCCAUGGGAAGUACGGGAGAACUUAUCCACACAGAGUUGGGGACGCCCUUUAAGACGAGGAGCAUCGGUCAUGGAGUUAGGCGGAGGCCCGACCGGAUGCACUGGUUGCGCUCAUUGCGCAGCUAACGCUAAUCCUUGGCGUUACGGAAGUUGUGCUAACUUAGAUCAUCAAUGGAUUGGACCAAGCCCUGUACCUGGUGCUGGCCCAUGGCCACAGACAUGUUGUAGCCCACAUUCAGCACCACACAACCCUCACAUACCGACCCAUCCACAUCCACAUUUGCCGCAAACACCACAGCCCUAUCGUAGAAUGGAUAGUCGAGGAGUUUCACGUGCAGCUUCCCGGGCAGGUUCUCGAGCAGCUUCACCAGCGCUAAGCUUACGAUCACGCACAUCACGGCGUUCUAAACAUCGAACCCCGUCUCCUCCUAUACCAUCAAGUGACGCUGACUCUGAGAGUGAAGUAGAAAGCGACCAUCCAGAAACACUAAAUAAAGAUGAAGAUAACUCCUUAGGACCCGCUCCACCACCACCCGCUGCUACUUGGCAAUGUGAACAUUGCACAUUUGUUAAUGAGCCUGGAGUCAGAGUGUGUGCAGUAUGCUGUCGAACACCAACUGUCAAACCGAAAAUUGUUACCGACGUUAUUAAUAACGGUGUAGAGAGACUUAAAGUCACAGAAAAAUCCUCACGAUCACCUUCCAUACAAUCUAGUCAUGCAGUUGAGAAGACUUUAAUAAAAACUGACGACAAAAGCAAAAAAACUAGAUCAACUAAAGAACGUACGUCUACAGGAUGUGGACCGUCUCCGCCAAGGGAAGAUAAAUUAUUACUUAAAUCCAAAAAUACUACUCCAACAAGGGAGCAAAGUAAUGAACGUUCAGAACAAACCCGGAUUCGUCAUGAUAUAGCUGUAGGGCCGUCUCCUCCAAAAGAAAUACUAGAUGGACAGAGAACAUCUUUAUUGAAAAAUAAUCCUAUUAUUCAAUCUUCAAAUCAAACAUCGAAUAACUUAAGAUCGUCUUCUAGAAUUGGCAGUCCCAUAGACGGGUCUUCAAAGCUGCAUAAUAUUUCUGUCGGUCCUUCUCCACCACGUGAUAGUCCUAAACGCACAAUGUCUUCUUACCAAAGUAACUCCAUAAAUUUUCAAAAAAAGUCCGUUGGAAGCUCACCUCCUCGAGAAAAUGUUGACAGUCGACCUUUAUCCAGAUCUAGCCGUACUAAUACUGGAACUUCUCCACCGCCACAGAAUAUUUCUACGCAGACUUAUGAAGUACCAAAUAAUUGGGAGCGAGCUCAAUCAGUAGCUAGAUCUCGGCCACGACGACGCUUGAGAGAAGAGAAUCGACGAGAAAGAUCUCAUAGUAGACUCUCCUUAUCCAGUGAUACACGAGAAAGCGAAAGGAGUGUUCGUACAAGCGGUAACAGAUGGGAAUGGCGAGAGCCUCGUGAUAGUAGUCCGAACGCAGACUGGAGUGAGAGCGAACGGCGGCGCACCAGUCGCCUCACACGACGGGCGUCACAUCUUGACGUCCGACGAAGACCAGGACAACGUUCCAGCAUGUAUGGAUCUGAGGCUCCUUCACCGGAACCAUUCUCAAGUAACCGCGCUAUAUCGCUCGAAGCACUGGCCGGAGCUGGAUCGAGGAGUGACGCCGAAAGGGGCUUAGAAUUGGCACGUUUAAUGACCGAUGCUGAAAAACUAGGUUUUAGUGCAGCAGAAGUACAUGCCGCUUUAGCGCAAAAUCCAGUAGCACCACUAGCAUGGUUAAGUGAGCGGUGGCCAAGUCUGUGUGCAGGAGUUCGCGCCGCUGCAGCUCGACUCGCUCCAGGUGUUAACGUCACUGAGCUCGAAGCCCGUGCGUCAUUGGCAAAACAUAGAGGAGCAAUGUGGCCUGCUGUCAACGACUGUGUGGAGAGAUCUCGACGGCAGACAGAAGUUAUCGGUGAAGAAGGUAGAUUGCGAGGCCACGUAUGGGGUCCACCAACCGGAGCAGACGAUGAAGGGGCACCACCCUUUGCAUUUUCCAGCCGCUUACACCGCAAUCGCGCAGAAGACAGUUCAGACGAAUUCGAAGUAACUACAAACAGAUUUCAAGACGAUGACUGGAUGUACUUACCAUUAGAAAUAAAUACCAAGACUAAUCACGAAUUUGAAAGUCCGAUAAUAAAGGAUCACACAGAUGUGGCUAACAACAGUAGUCUAGAUAUAGCAGAAAAAUUAAAAAGUCUAUUAAUUCAAGCUGGUAUUCCCUCAGCUGAUGAAAAAUUACUUUUAAAGGGUUUGUUAGGCAACCAUUCUUUGUAUUCUGAGAAUAGUGACAUAAACCAUAGUAAAACAUUUGAACAAGAUAAACCCAAUGUAACAGAUUUAGUUCAAUCUGAAAAUGAUUUCAUAGCUGCAUACAACGCAUUAACAAGACUAAGCCCAUUACCAAGUGUAAACAAAAAUGACGUUACUGAAACAAGCGAUGUUUUGGAACAGAUUGAAACACAAAAGCCUCAAGAUAGUAUUGAUUAUUUCUCGGCAAAUGUAUCAAAAGAUCAUAAUUUGAUAAAGGAAACAAUAGCCUUUAAAUCACAGUCAAUAGAAAAAAACACAAAUAGUGAAUUAAGAAACGUUCCUGAGAGGAAAAUAUCAACAGAAAAUAAUGUACCUCAAGAGACAAUAGGUGAAAUUGAAGACAUUGUUCAAAAUACUAAUGUAAUAAAUAUAAAUGAUGUGAAAGAAGAUAAAUCAAUCAACCUUAACGAAAUAGUGGACAAUACACAAAAAAUAAUCCAACAAAUGAAGAGGGAAAUCAACUCUGAUAUUAAUUCCAUAAAUGAUAAAAGUAACUCACAAAGCGAAGUCGGCGAUAGAUCUAAUGAUUCACAUUCAUCUUCUGAAAAAGAAUCAAGUUAUAGCGACACAGACGGAGACGGCACAGAAGACUUGUCGUCUGAUGAAAAGGAUACAUCAACUAGUGACGACGAAAACCCUAAUGAUAAAUUUGAAGACCAGAUGUCAAUCCACAGAACUAGUUCGGAAGAGAAUGAACAGUUUGAAGAGGCAAUGGAUCAUGUCGAAACUGAACUUGAAGAUUUUAAGCAAACAAAUAUAGAAAUAUUAAAUUCCAUCGCAAGAAGUUUACAGGAAGAACAUACUUUAACAAUAGAAAUUACUGAAUCAAAAGAUAAAAAUUAUACACAGCAGAUGAGCCAAGAUAUGAAUAACAAUUUAUUUGCUGCAGUUAAUUCGUUUGAAGAAAUAUAUGCAGAACUCAACAAUGAUAAACAAAAAAAAGAAGACCAAACGAUUAAUAAGUUUCCUGAUAUGAACAAACUCAAAAGCUCUUCAAAUAAUAAUAGCAAAACUAAAAUAAAAAGUAAAUUUAAUCCUGCUUAUACCCAACAACAAAUAGACAUUUCUAUUUUCAGACCUGAUUCGCCUAUUGAGUUAGUAAUUACUAACCAGAUGCCUCAACUCUUUACGGCAACUUUAGAAGAAUUUGAUAAUUUAGAAGAAAAAGAUAAUAGUUCUCAAGAACGAGAUCUUAGUGAAGCAGUUACUGAAGCAGUAGAGGAAUCCUCGAAAGAAGUAAUUAAAAAUAACAUUACAAAUGAGUAUUUAGAAUUAAGGGAGGAAAGUAGUGUACAUAUUAAUGAUAAUCUUGAAAUUUUAAAAGAUAAUAUAACCGCCACAGACAUGUUAUUAACAAUAACCACAAACGAUAGUAAUGCCAACGAAAAAGAUUUCAAUCAAAUUAAUUCAGAUCAGAGUGAAGAAAUUGUUAAUAAAAACUUAAGUGAUAAUAUGCAUCAGGAAACUAUUGGUUCAUUGGAACAGUCAAAUGCACAUGCACAAGCAUAUAAAGAAAAUGCUGAGAAAAAUACUUUGACUGAGAGUGCAAAAAUAAAAACACAUCAUAUAACUAAUAAAUCAAAUAUUCCGAAACUUGUAAAAACAAUCCAAAGUACCAAACAAAAGAUAGAGAAUAAAAAUUUACCUAAACUUAUAGCAUCCAAAGUUCCUAUUCGUAGAGCAAGCUUGAAACAGUAUCCUGCACCUAAUCCUCCAAAAAGACAUUUUGGUGACAUCCAAAGUGGACAUGUUAAACAACUACAAACUAGACUGUUCAACAACAAAAUAGUUAAAACUAAUAUUGAAACAUUUGCGAUGCCCGAAAUUAGGGCUUCAACUUCUACAUCAAAAAAAAGUCCAGCUCCUUCUCCUCCAACACAACCAGCUAUACAAGAUCAAGACACCGGCUUACCAAAAGAUAAGAAUGUUUUUUUCAGAGAAACAUGUCGUACAGAAGAUGAAUGGACCGAAAGUGACCCAGAAGAUCAAGAUUUCCAAAUAAAUUUAAACAAAGUGGAGGAACCGAUUCCUACCCCUGUUUCGCAAAUACCACCGGUAACUUUACGACAUAUUUCUGGCCAACUAAUCGACUUAGCUAAUGUUCGAUUACCUGAGGGUUCACCAGAGAGACAAGCACGAAUGCUAUUAGCAGAAGGCGCAACAGAAACUUGGGAGCAGGCGCAGCUUGCGGUGGACUUGAUCUCACAAGGAACAGAUCCUCCUGCUGCUCUUUUGGCUGCUUUAGAAUGUGCAGAUCUUUCAUCAGCUCUUGCGUACUUACACCAAGACUGUGAACUUUGCGCAUCAAAGUUUCCGGAACAUGAGAUGGUAUCUAUGUUACGUUGUACACACAGAUGUUGUCGAGAAUGUGCUCGCCAUUACUUUACAGUACAAAUAACGGAACGUAGUAUUGUAGACUGCGUUUGUCCAUAUUGUAAAGAACCGGAGUUGGAAAACCUUCCAGAAGAUGAUUGGCUUGACUACUUUGCCCAUAUGGAUAUAUUACUAAAAACAUUGUUGGAAAUAGAAGUACAUGAACUUUUUCAAAGAAAGUUGCGUGAUAGGACUCUUGCAAAAGAUCCUAAUUUUAAAUGGUGUGUCGAAUGUUCUUCAGGAUUUUUCGUACAUCCAAAACAAAAGAAGUUACGCUGUCCUGAGUGCAAAUCAAUUACUUGCUCAAGUUGUAGAAAACAGUGGACAGUCAAUCAUGACGGAAUAACGUGCGAGCAAUACGCAGCAUGGCUUGAAGACAACGAUCCCGAGAGAUCUAUAGCAGCCGUUCAACAACAUCUACGAGAGAACGGACUGGAAUGCCCGAGAUGUCAUUUUAAAUAUUCAUUAUCCAGAGGCGGCUGUAUGCACUUCACUUGCACGCAAUGCAAAUAUGAGUUCUGCUUCGGGUGUGGGAAGCCAUUCACGAUGGGAGCGCGCUGCGGGCUCAGCGAGUACUGCGCUCGAUUAGGCCUACAUGCACACCAUCCGCGUAAUUGUCUUUUCUAUCUACGUGAUAAGGAACCGCAUGAAUUACAGACACUUUUACAAAUGAAUAAUGUGUCCUACGAAACGGAAGCAGCAGAGGGUAGCAAUAAUCGAUGUCCAAUACAGUUGCAACGAGAAACUCCCACUGGACUCGUAGAUACCACCUGUGGCAGUGAAGUACAACCAAAACAGGCAGGACUUUGCAAGAACCAUUACUUGGAGUACUUGAGCCGACUGGUGCGAGGCCAAAGAGUCGACCCGUUGCCGAUCUUGGGAGUGGACGACUUAGAAACGCUAGUACGUCGAGCCGCAUUACGACCUCCACCACGGCCCUACGGCUCGCUCGACGGCCUCUACAAACGGGGCCUUGCUGAGAUCGUUAGGGAGAAGAUACCUCUCGACUGAAAAUGAUGUGACGAUGUCUUUCCAGAAGUACAAACUAAAAAGAUAGACACGAGGCGAUGCACAUUAUAAUGAACACAUUACAAAGUAAUUAUUAUCAACUUAUUGUAUAGGAUUUUGAUUUUUUAGUUUAUUCUUAAUUAAAUACCAAUUUGUGUAUUCAUUUAUUACGUCAAUAUUAAUAUAUUAAAUACUACUGUAAAAUGUAUGAUGAAUGUCGAAUUAAACAAAAAAUAAAUGUC